GCUAAGCUUCCAUUCAAGGCAGGUAUUGGACAUCGAGAAAUUCUGACUUUUAUUUCGUUGCGUUCAUCAUUCCCCUAUACAGCAUCUACAUAGAGCCAUGCAAACCGGAUCGAAUAAUAAGAAUGAACAGAAAAGAUGUAAGAAGAAUUUUCCACAGAACAGCGUCAUAACACACGUCAAAGAAGUGGCCUGCGCAACUCCAGCCAUGCCACCCCCAUCCUCCAGCUUGCCUAUUCACCCUGCUCCUUACCUGGUCUCCUCGUUCCUGCGAAUCUUCCAAUUGGCUAUCGCGGCGAACAUUCACCACUUCCUGUUCUUCGCACUCCUCAGCAGGUGGAAUAGGCGACGAUUAGGCCCCCUGUGGUCUCUAGUCAGGGAGUAAAACUGAACCCCCCUGUCGUUACUGCAAAAUAAUUCUAAUUCAUUCGUGACUUGACCCGAGCGUAUUUUGGUGCCAGAGACCCCUUGACGUCUCUAUCAACCGUAAUAUGGCGGGUACAAGCCCGGCAGUCCAC